AUGGCUCUCACACUCUACGCCACCGCCCCGCGUGGGUUCAAGUUUCUCACUGUCAUUACUACACUCACGGUCUUGCCUCUAAUGAUCUAUUUGAUUCGUCUAUACCAACCCCAAAAUUUCUUUUCAACUUGGCACAUUGACAGGGAGGAUGUAGUAGUCCGGCCGCUGUCAUAUAUUCCACCCAUUGGGCUUGGCUGCAGAUGUCGUGAAAUCCGCACUCGAAACUGGAUACCGUCAUAUCGAUGCUGCGUUGAUAUAUGGUCUCUCGAAGGUCCCCAGGUCCUCACUGUGGGUGACAGGAUAACUGUGGAACAAUGCACAUCACCCGCCCGCGGUUCGACCAGCGCUAGAACAAACGCUUCGCGACCUCGGACUGGAUUACCUCGAUUUGUACCUUAUGCACUGGCCGGUGGCCUUUGA